AUGUCGCUAACGCUUUACGCUACGGAAGAAUCUGCUAUCAACAUACCAAGCCGUUCAUGGCCCGCAGCAUAUGUGGGGUCUAACCGCAUCGUUGGUGCCCCAGAGUCUCACGCUAAUGCUAGCCUAAAUGCCUGUUGUCUUGCCCUCAGCAAAUCAACGCACUCAAAAAGUACCAAGGUGCCCACCUACGACUUUAGUAGUAUACUUUCCGAUGCCUUACCAUGUAUUCGAUGCUUCGAAAGGACAAGUAAUAUUAAGCCCUACGAAUACGAGCCUUUGCGCGCGUCUGCAUCAAUGGAUAUACAGCAGCAUUCUCUUUCUAUAGGGAUUAAAGAAGACCAUCGCCUCCUGGCCGGCGCAUACGGCUCCCCGAGUAUUCAAGUGUUCGGUAGUGUCAAACAAGGAGACAAUGAGGUUAUUUUCGAUUGUUUUGGAGACACUUUUUCAACUCGUAGUGUCAAAGGAACUCUCUCACCUAGGGAACGCCUUACAUUAGUAGGGUAUAUGAAGAUUGGCGACCAGUACGUAUAUUUCAGUGGAUUCAGUGGACUGAAUUUGGACAUACUACAAAAUGGAGACAUCGUAUAG